AUGCACGAGAAGCACCUCACAUCAUCUAUCCUCUUUAGCAAGCACAGCGGCAAUUCAUUGGACGAGGUGGAUAUAGUCAUUCGACAGUGUCAAUCCCCUGAAAAUACAUAUAGCAACAACAGCAACACAAAGCCCAUGAUGCGUACUAGUGCUACUACUGCCGUUGAUUCGCUACGCCGACAUUGGUAUUCAGACUUUUGUUCUGAAUGUGGUGUCGAUGUCUUUCGAUUUUGUCACGAACAUUGGUGUAAAAACUUUCAAUGA